GGAGGAGAGAGAGAGAGAGAGCAAGAAUCUUCAGCCUGCGCAUCGUUACCUCCGAACAUGCACGCCACCAAUGUGCUUCUGAUUUCCCAGCAUGAUCAGACCGAUUGCCACCUGCCAUAUCGAUGUUAUUGACUCAUCUUUAACUAUCCUGCUUCUCCGUUUAUCACCGAUUGGCUGCAGGUGUGCGCGCUUUGGCAAUAUGUAAUUUUUGAAAGGACGCUGCGUUUUUUUUUUUUUUUUUGGUUGUUUUUUUUUUUUUUUUUUUGGACAGCCGCACUACUUUUGGGACUUAGUAUGUGUUCGGUCUUUAUUUGUUCAAACCGUGCUCUAUUCGGCAACGACCCCCCCCCCGCAAUGGCUCUAUGAAUUGACAGCGCAGAGAACGAAGCAUUCGGAACUGGGUGAAGGAAGUAACAGAGAAGAUAGACGGAGAGACUUGAAAUUCUACCGUAUUCCGAGAGACCCGGAGAGGAGAGCGAGAUGGACUGCUGCAAUUCGUCGAGAAAACUGGGCACCAAACGAUCACCACAGAUGAUGUAGUAGUCAUUUUAUAUCUGGACUGUGGGGGGAAAAUGAAAGUUUCCAUAUCUCUGCUGGUCCUAUUUCACGCAAUUGUGGUUCAUUGCCUGAGAGUGGUGUCAAAGAGAGGCUCAGUGGAAGGAUGCACCGAUUGGUCCGUGGACUACCUGAAAUACAAGGUGCUGAUAGGGGAACCCGUUCGGAUUAAGUGCGCUUUAUUCUACGGAUAUAUCCGUGCUAACUACACCCAUGCUCAGAGCUCAGGACUCAGCCUCAUGUGGUACAAAAGUGCCGGACAUGGCGAUUACGAGGAGCCCAUCAGUUUUGACGGUACACGAAUGAGCAAGGAGGAGGACGCCAUAUGGUUUCGACCGGCCGAACUAGAUGACAUAGGGUACUACUCCUGUGUAUUAAGAAACUCCACCUACUGCAUGAAGGUGUCCAUGUCCCUGACGGUGGCAGAGAAUGACACAGAUCUUUGUUACAACUCCAAGAUGAGGUUCUUCGAGAAGGCAGAGUUGAGCAAAAGAAAGGACAUCACCUGCACGGGAAUCCAAGAUUAUAUUCAGCCAGAAGUGGAGCCCCAGAUUGUCUGGUACAAGGAGUGCGUGCCAAAGCAAUGGAGACCAACGAUCGAGAGAAAGGGGGAAACGCUUUCUAUCCAGGAAGUUCGGGAAGAUGACGUUGGGAAUUAUACCUGUGAAUUACAGUUUGGAAACUUUGUGGUGCGAAGGACUACAGAACUAUCUGUUACAGCUCCUUUGACGGACAAGCCGCCCAAAAUCCUCUCCCCGUCCGAGAGCCGGACCACCGUCGUCGAGAUGGCGCUAGGAAGUCCACUCAACCUGACUUGCAGAGCCUUCUUUGGCUACGGCGGGGAUGUCAGCCCGCUCGUUUACUGGAUGAAGGCGGAAAAGUUCAUCGAGGAUCUGGAUGAAGAGCGGGUACAGGAGAGUGACAUCAAGACAAUUCGAGAGCACUUUGGGGAGCAGGAGGUCGCCAUCUCGCUUACCGUUGAUUCCCUGGAGGAGAGCGACCUGGGAAACUACACUUGCUACGUGGAAAACGGCAACGGUCGGCGACAUGCGAACAUCCAAAUCGUCAAAAAAGCCGAGCUCACGUACACGGUGGAACUGGCCGGCGGUCUCGGCGCCAUCCUGAUGCUGCUCGUCUGCCUGGCGACGCUGUACAAGUGCUACAGGAUCGAGCUCAUGCUCUUCUACAGGAAUCACUUCGGCGGCGAGGAUUUGGACGGAGACAACAAGGACUACGACGCUUACCUGUCCUACAUAAAAGUGGAUCCCGACCAGUGGAGCCAGGAGAGCCGCGAGGAGGAGCGCUUUGCCCUGGAGAUUCUGCCCGACGUGCUGGAGAAGCAUUAUGGGUAUAAACUCUUCAUUCCAGACAGGGACUUGAUCCCCACAGGAAGUUUCAGCAGUGAUCAUUUCCAGGAUGACACCAGACUACUUAGAGCUUACAUCGAGGACGUAGCCCGCUGCGUGGACCAGAGUAAGCGCCUCAUCAUCGUUUUGACGCCCAGCUACGUCGUACGGAGGGGGUGGAGCAUCUUUGAACUGGAGACGCGUCUGCGCACCAUGCUGGUAACGGGCGAGAUCAAGGUCAUCCUCAUCGAGUGCGCCGAGCUGCGCAGCGUCAUGAACUACCAGGAAGUGGAGGCCCUCAAACAUAUCAUUAAAACGUUGACGGUCAUCAAGUGGCGGGGCUCGGCGAGCAACGAGCUGGACUCCGAGUUCUGGAAGCGGCUGAUCUACGAGAUGCCCUUCAAGCGCACGGAAUCCCUGAACGUCUCCCGCGAGCGAGCGCUGGACGUGAGCGAGCGAGGACCCUUCGGCGAGCUUCGGGCGGUGUCGGCUAUGUCCGUGGCGGCCACCGCCGUGGCCGCGGCGCACCCGAACCUGCGCUCCGACUACCGCGACUCGUACCGCGCCCACGUGAGACAGAAACACUACUACCGCGGUUACGACUAUGAAACGGCGCCGCGGGCAGGCACUCUCCCGCACCUGUCCUCGAGCAGGAACCAGCACACGUACUGCAACAUCCCCAUGACGCUCCUGAACGGACAGCGGCCGCAGUCCAAAUCGCCGCGGCAGCAGAGUUUAGAGGAAGGCCACGGCAACAGCGCUAUGUUGCCGCUCCUGCCCAGAGAGACCAGUAUUUCCAGUGUCAUCUGGUGACACCAAAACCCGAUACUAAUCCAGGAGACAGGGUUGGAUCUUUGUCGCAAUCGGUGCAAUCAUUUUCAAUUGGCAGUCAAUGUCAAAAUAAACUACCAGUAGAUGGUCACGUUUCCACUUGCGAGGGAUAGCGGUGAGCGAUCACACUGGGCAACGAUCUGGAAAAAGCACCAACAUUUUUUGUAGGUCUGCCAGCUGUUGCCAAUCAUUUUUGGGGUGCGGAAUCCAAAACUCAUCUCAGUUUUUCUCCAUCAAUCAUGUCUAAAAAAUUGACCUGCCGGAAUAUAGAGUGCCAAUAAUUUCAUAGAAAAAAAUCCAGGUGUUAAGCAGAGAUAAUUGAUUGGAAGAAAAGUCUUAUUUAACAUUUGCAAAAAGAAAAAAAGCAAGAAUGCAAAUUGCCGCAACACAAACGCUAAUGGCAAACGCUUUCCAAAAGAAUAAAAAUCUUUUUUUUUUUUUUUUUUAAAAAGAAUAAAAAUCUUGCUCAAAGCACCAUUGCAAAUAGCCAAACCCAAUUGCCCGCAACGCUAAUGCAAAUGGAUCGCAAACACUACUGCUGCCACAGUAGAAGUAGUCACAAAGCAAUAUACUGUAUACCAGAGUGUGAAUUUGUGAGCGAAUUUCUGUAACUUAUGUUUUCAAGCUCUGCACAUGAGAGGAUGUGAUGUGAUAACUUGUUACGCGUCAGCAGCAGUUGUAGUCCUCAUGUCUACUUCGGUGAAAUUUAGUCGACUUUCAGGUCGUACUCUCGCGAUCGUGCGGCACGGCGGCAGAGCGGUUAGCACGUCAGACUCGCAGUACUAAUCUCAAGGGUUCAAUCCCGGGCUCCGGACAUCAUGGGAGGCUGAUCGAACACUCUAUCUAAAUGAGGGGUCCCCAAACUACCGCCCGCCUCCACACUUGGUCCACCCCCCUGAACAAUACCAGAGAACAUUUUGAAUUUUUUUUUUUCUUUUUCUCAAUAGUGUUAUCUAUUUCCUGGCCUUUUUCUGUAAAGAACCCAGAGAGGGUUAUUUGGUUAUUAUCUAUUAAUAGUGUUAUUAUUAUUAUAUUAUUAUUUUUAUUUUAUUUACUUUUGUUCCGUGAAGAAUCCAGAAAGGGUUAUUUGAUUUUGGCUUUCUGAAAAACAGUCAUUUUUUACCUUUAGGCACUCUUGCAAUCGUCACACUUUUUCUGUUACAAACUGACCCCGGCCCCUCAUCAGAGAAGGGAAAUGUUAUGUGGCCCUCACAGGACAAAGUUUGGGGACCCUAGUGUGCACGAAUGGUUGUUCGUCCCCUCGUGCCUCGCGAUUGGCUGGCGACCAAUUCAGGGUGUACCCCGCCUACUGCCCGUAGUUAGCUGGGAUUGGCUCCUUGUGAGGAUACUUUGAAUGAAUUGAUAAAGGUGAAUUUUACAAAUCGAAAGGCAAUUUGGUCAAAGAGCAUACUGUACAUAUGUAAAAGUAUGUUAUGAAAAAAAUAACAAAAAUACACAUUAAACAUACAAAAAAAAAAAAAUGAAAUAAAUACUUUUAUUUUUCUUAAUAUAUCCCUAUAACAGAAGUCCAGCAGUCAUUUAAAGAAACUGUAAUCUUCUUGCGGUCAUACUGCAUUCGUGUUGCGACAAUUGGGGUUCUGGCUUUUGCCAUUUUGCAAUGGUACUUUGACAAUUGGGGAUCGUGUUGUGGUCAUUUGCAUUCACGCGUUUUUAUUUUGCAUUUGUUUGCGAGCCACUUGCAUUCGUGCGGUAGCAAUUGGAGGUGGCGCUUUUGUCAAUUUGGCCUUUGGGGGUGUUGGGGCAGUUUGCAUUUGUGCUUUUCUUUCUUAUGCAAUUGCCGUUUGUGUUGCAGCAAUUUGCAGUCCUGCUUUUUACUGUUUGGACUGUUGGCAUUUCGCCUGACACUUCUCGGCCACUGCAAAAAAACUAUCAAAAAAUAUCAUCCGAUUUAGUUUACCUUCUUACACAUGCUUCUGCUUUGGGCCGACGGCAUACGGCAUAGGUGAGGAUUUUAAGCUCUGUGUAGAAGUGACUCAUUGCGCUGCCGUGCGCCAUCCAGUCACUAGGGGUGGCUUCACAUAGCACCCCUUGGUUUCUUUCUUGUCAGAGACGGAGCGGCCGUUUCUCCAGCCGGAGCCGUCCCCUUGAAAUUAGUUUCAGUCUUUCGGUGGUUGAGGUGUGGGGCCUGCCGGCCGGCCGGCCAGGGUCUUAAGCUAUCAACGGCAGGCACCUUUUGUCCGCCCGGGAUUUGAGUGGCCAGUUUUUUUCCGGAGACAAACAUAUUUAUCGCGAUUUUCUUCCACUUUUUCAUACUCUCUUCUUCCUCCAGCCCAGUGUUUUCAACGAUUUCUCGCCACAAAUUGUUUGCCAUUUGGCAGUCAUUUUCCUGUUUCCAGUAGAAAUUGGAAAGAUGAUUAGAUUUACUUACUUCCUCGAUAAUUCUUUCCUCCACCUGGUCCGUUUCUUUUUCGUGACGACGUCGUUUUGAAAAAUGGCGCUGGAAUGUUGAGCGGAAAUGGCAAUCGCGGAAAUGACGUUUCUUGUGGACCAAUCGCAGUCCUCGCCUUUCACGUAGCAAGGUGUCAUCGUGACGCCUCAUCAGUCAGGUGCGCGUCAGUCUACGGUGUAGGGUCCAAGCAGGGUAGGCCGUCGCUUCGACUCAGAAGCAUGACAGCUCCUUUUGCUUAAAGUGAAAAAAGUCGUCCUCUUUCAAAUUCCCACAAUAACAUCUGAUAGUCAGGGCUAAUGAGCAGAGGUGAAUAGAAUAGCCAAAAAUGUUACUCAAGUACUGCAAGUGUAGUGUUACUUUAAAAUAAUAUAUGUAUAAUAAUAAUAAUAAUAAUAUGAAAUCUGCACUUUUGAGUAACGUUGAGAUAAACGCGCUACGUCAAAUAGUUUGUUUUUACGGUGCUUUGAAGACACCAGCUGAUUGAACAGGCCAGCGUGAUCAUUGGACUCCGACUGCAAACUUGGGUGAGGUCAUGUGACUGAAUUGGUACGUGUGAUUGUUAUGAUGAUUAUUAUUAUUGUUGUUGGGAGCAAGAGUAGCAUUUCUUCACAAAUCUACUUGAGUAAAAGUAAAAAGUAUGGCAUGGUUAAACAACUCUUAGAAGUACAGAGUUUCUACCCACCUCUCCUAACGACUAUCAGCACUAUGCCUAGUACGUAGCUUUGUUGUUUUGGGAUUGAAAGAGAAAACGUGCGCAAUUCCAAUGAAAAAAACAAAAAACAAAAGAGAUUCACGCGGGACUAGUAUUUUCACAGGGUCCAACGGGUUUCAUUAGGUGAAAUGUAAGACUUUAAGAUCAUUUAAAUAAUUCAUAAAUUGCAAUUUAUUGACAAUCCGGGUCAAAUUUUACAGCCUACCCCGUAAAGAAAAAACACAAAACAAAAAACUAAGCCUGGGACAAGAUCAUGCCUGCCAGAGUAAAUCAUGUACCGACAUCGAUACAAGUAUCGUAAGGGGCCCUGAUAUAGCACUAAAAUGCUAGCACCGGAUUGGCGAUUACUAACCCGAGUUCAUACAACCGUACCAGGUAGGAAAUAGAAAAAGGUUCCACGGGAUUCACACUACAUAAGUACUUUACUUCUGUUUCACAAUGUUUUAAGCUCUUUAGCAUUAGCUACUAUUUUGUAUUGAACUUGAAAAAAAAAAAAAAAAAAGUUUUAUAUACUGUCUUGGGUAUCUGUAGUAUCAGCCAAUACUGUACAGCCGGGUAUCAGAAUCAGGUGCCAAAAUAAAUGUAUCUGAACAACGGUAGUUCAAUUCCCUGACGAAAUAUAGAACUGAAAUCAAUUUUGGAUCGUUUACCCAAAAAUGAGUUGAUAGCAGCUGUCGGACCUAAACUAACUAAACUAACAGUAACAUAACAUUCUCCAGUAUCAUGUUGAGUGCCAUAAUGAGCUUUGCUAUGCAAAUAACGCGUCAAAUUCCAUUCCAAUGACGUUUCAAAUACACUUGUCUGUGAUAUAAUGAUGCUCAUGUGUCUGUCAGUUGUGGCACCGGUAGCAGCUAACAUAGCUUUAAUAGUGCGGGUUCCAUAUUCCACUGGAACUCAGUCAUUUUGUAUCCUGAAUUGAAUCAUGAAAUCGUUUUUAACACUGUAUUAGAAAUGGUUAGGUUUCUCGUUUUGUGUUCGAGGACUAGCGAGCGAAUGUCGACCGCCGUCAAUGGCAGCCAGCAAACAUCAACGUUAUUAGAGGAGUAGGAUGGUUGUUGAUGUGUUUUAUUUGUUUCAGUAUUGCAAAUGGUAAUAUGUCAAAUGUACUUAUUGGACAAUGUAAGCAGAGUUUAUUUUUAAAGCAGCUCUGGAUCAUCUAUCAUCUUCAAUGGCAGCAAUUGCGUUAAGAACCACUAACUUUUGAGCCUUUUUUUUAAUGAGAACAUUUUAUGAAACAAUUUAACCCCUUGACACCUAAAUUUACAUUUAACAAAUAUACUGUACAUUAAACACACACACAUUUGGGAAUACAAAGGUACAUGGAGAGAACAAAUAUUUCAAUAUACAUAUAUAUAUAUGCAAAUUGAAAAAUAUGACAAAGUACAAUCCUGGGAGGGGCGGGGGUAAAUAAAUACAAUAAAAUGCAAAAUAUUAAUUUUUAAAAAAUACAUUAAAAAUUAUUUUAAAAUAAGAAUUAAAAAAUUUUAAAAAUAUAAUUUUUGUGAAAGUAAAACUACAUUUCUCUAUUUUAAAAAGAAAUGUAGAAUUACAUAUAUAUUUUUUAAUUUUAGGGGUUUUCUUUUCAAGCUGUAUUUUUCGAUUUAGUUUUUUAAAUUUUUUUAUCAGUACUAUUUUUUUAUGUCCGUAUGUAUGCGUUAUGUCUAAAUUCGUUAACUCUGGCUGCUAUUCAUGGCGCUAGACGGCCAAUCUAGUGGGAGGAUGGCAGCAAAUGAAUGACAAAUGAAUUCGUUUUUUUUGUUUUGUUUUGUUUAUCAUCAACCAACCAAUACUCAUAUUUGUCUCCCUCCAAUGCUUUACGUAUUUUUGUUAACUCUUUGGCUGCCAUUGACGGUGCUAGAUGUCAAAAUCUGUUUGAAGUGGAAGGGUUGGCAUUGAAUGAACGUACAUUAGCUGCCGCCCUCACACUUCAAACGGAUCAUACGUCUACAGUUAACAAACUCAUUUAUCACAGCAGAAUGAUUAGGCGCCACAUGAUCGGACGUCUAGCAUCGUCAAUGGCGCUAAAAGAGUUAAAUGUUAAUUCGGGCAUCAAGAGGUUCAUUUCUUUUUGUAUUAUUGCCAAUUGAACUGAAAAGAACAGACAAUGCUCAGAUUGCUUUCUCACGUUGAACAACAAAUGAGAAGCCAACACCAGCUAAUACAGCUGAAAUAACAGGGUCAUGUAAAUACUCUUUGUAAUUAUUUGUAGCAUUUCUUCGAUUCAAUGACAUUUUGUGCUGGUUUGUCCGUUUUUUUCUGAAGCGCCGACGUGCUAUCCGAGUUAGCGUGUGGCUAAACGACAGGCAAUUAUCUAUGGUAGGAUGGAACUCUGACACAAACUCAGGAGUCCCCAACCCCAAAAAUGGAAGUACCUGAGAAAUAUGGUGCUACAUUGCCGUUUCAUUUGCGAUAAAACGGUCAUAUUUACCUUAAAUGAUGCUAUCGCACAAAAUUUUGAUGAUUUUACCAAAAGAGUCUAUUUUUAUAAGUGUCUGACAGAAGGACUUGAAGUUUUGUAAUGAGUAAAGAAAUUCACUGUACCCCGGUUCACACAGCGUUCAAAGUACUUGUUGACGUUUGAUGAUUUUCACAUUUCCAACCAAAUUCUUUUAAUUACGCUCAUUCGCUGCCAUGUCAAAUCACAGAUUAUGUGUUGUAGUAGUUUUUAAAAGCAGGAAAUUGAUAUUGCAAACAACAAUUGAUUGUUUGAUCGCCCAGCCCUUCCAAUUCCUUUUUUCAAAAAAAUAUUUAUAAAUAUUUCAAUAUUCAUUGGUUUAGUUGUUGUUGUUGUUUUUUUUACUAAUAAAAUAAUUGUAAUAAUUCUACAGAUUCUACUAUAAAAAAUAGAUUCAAAAAGUUUUCCAAAAAUUUUUUUUAAAAAUCCUAAAAAACCGAAUCUAUGCCCUGCGAUUGGCUGGCAACCAGUUCAGGGUGUCCCUUGCCUACUGCCCGUAGUUAGCUGGGAUAGGCUCCAGCGCCUCCGUGACCCUCGCAAGGAAAAGCGGCAUGGAAAAUGAAUGAAAAAACGAAUCUAGAUGGGAUGAUAUAAAAUAUAUAUUUAAAAUCGCCAAAGCUCAGCAGGUAAUACUGAACCCUUGUCAUUCGGGUUUUACAUAGAAGCAUUCUUGGGCCAGUUUACGCUGUGUUGUUUUAGCUGCUAGUUUACCUCAGUCAUUCAUGCAGCUUGUUACAAUCCCAGGUGUUGAACGCCGGAGUGGUUUGAAACGCUAUAACAGGUCUUCUAAGGCCAACUCAGGGAGGCCAAAAACCUUUCGUAGGGCAAAAGGGCGUAAUCAUUCUUCAUCUAGAUUUUCCGUACAAGAAAAUACGACGCAUGCCCGGGUGAUGAAUUCAUUUAGCUUUUUUUUUUUUUUUAUUGCGGAUGAUUGAAAAGAUCAUUUGAGAUUUUUCCAUGAGAAAGUUUACUUCGUUUGUAGGGGCUUGUAGCACAAAUAGGGGCAGAGAAACAUGUAUUUAAGACAGACGUUAUGCACUUCUGUUACUUUUAGUCAAAAUUCAUUUCAUUUUUCCCCCACUCUUAAUAGGGUUCGUGAUUCAUUUUGGUCAAUAAAAAAAGACCUGACAUUGACAUAAGUAUCAUGUCCUGAACAGAUGAUGCAUUACAUUUUUCAAUAUAACAAAAGGUUCCAGAACUUUACUCUGCACUCUACAUUUUGGGUCAUUUAGGCCACAAAAUCAGCGUUUGCUACACAAAUGUGGCCUACGUGACACUGAACGUAAUGUAAUGCUAGAUCUCAUUAUUUUUCAGACUUUAAGUCGCGCCAGCCAUAAAAUGUGCAGUGAAAAGGAAAGAAAACAUUUAAGUCGCAAUGUUGGGGGAAAUUUUCUGCAUAAAAUCCAACACCAAGAACAGACAUCCAACAUCUUUAAAGGCGACUUAAAAUAAGAACAGAAUAAGUGUACGGUAUGGUAAUGUUACACGACACACAAACGACGAAAUGAGAACGUGCCCGGUAUGUUAACAUAACAUAGCCAUUAAGAGUUAUUCAGUUAGAAUAAAGAACGAGCUAAGGAGUGACCAAGCUUUCUCUGUAUUUCCCUCUUAAUUAAAAAUCCAGGGUAAAAAAAAAUCAUAUCCCCAGCCCUAACGCAAUGUGAAAGUUUUGUGUUAACUGCCCAUUUGCUUUUCAACAAUGUCAAAAUGACCGUUGGGAAAAGGGUCAUCGAAAGAACAAAGCUAGGCCAAGACUUUUGCAUAUUUUUUAUCAGUAAUCCCUUGAUGCCUGAAUUUAUAUCAUUUCCUGAAAAUAACGUAAAAAUACCAAAUUUUAAGGACGAUACGUUGUUCUGGAAUAUAUGUCGAACUAGUUUAAAAAUGUGCCAGACAAAGAAUAAAAAACAUAGAUCAGUUGCAUCGGACUAUAAGUUGUACUUUCGGAGGAAACUGUACCGUUUGUUACGUGAACUGUUGUUUGGUUUCAUUUUGGCGACGUAAGGUCUAUAUCAACACAAAACUAUAUUUUUCGUAAAAUGAGAAAAGUCAUAAAAUGAUAAGAAUAAAGUUACCAUAUUACUUACCGUAUUUUUCAGACAAUCAGAUGCACCUGAGUAUAAUUCUCACCAGCCCAAAAAAUGCGCAAUAAAGAGGGAAAAAAAUGAUGUAUAUAAAAGUCGCACUGGAGUAUAAAUCACAUUUUUUGGGGGGGGGGUUUAUUUGAUAAAAUCCAACACCAAGAACAGACAUGCCAUCUUGAAAGGAAAUUUCAUAUAAAAAUUAGGGCUGUCAAACGAUUAAAAAUUUUAAUCGAGUUAAUUACAGCUUAAAAAUUAAUUAAUCGCAAUUUCCAACCAUCUAUAUAAUAUGCCAUAUUUUUCUGUAAAUUAUUGUUGGAAUGGAAAGAUAAGACGCAAGAUGGAUAUAUAUAUAUAUUCAGCAUGCGGUACUUAAGGACUGUAUUUGUUUAUUAUAACAAUAAAUCAACAAGAUGGCAUUAACAUUAACAUUCUGUUAAAGUGAUCCAUGGAUAGAAAGACUUGUAGUUCUUUAUGAAAAAUGGUAGUACAAGUUAUAGAAAUUUUAUAUUAAAACCCCUCUUAAUGUUUUCGUUUUAAUAAAAUUUUCAAUCAAAAAAUAAACUUGUAGCCCGCCAUUGUUGAUGGCAAUAAUUACUUACACUAUAAAAUCAGUCGCACCCAUGCGCCAGCAGAGGGCAGCAAAACUCCGCAAAACACAAUUAACAAGUGGGCCUUUCACUCCUCUGUCAUUUAAAUCUGUCUGAGCUGGGCCAAGUGCGUUAAUUGCGUCAAAUUUUUUAACGGGAUUAAUUUAAAAAAUUAAUUAACGCCCAUUAACGCGAUAAUUUUGACAGCCCUAAUAAAAAUAUAAUAAAGAACAACAGGCUGAAUAAGUGGACGGUAUGCUAACGCACACAACGUCUUAAAAAAAAAAAAAACUGAGAACAUGCCCGGUAUGUUAACGUAUAUAACUAUAGCAUAAAGAACAUGUGAAAUGAUGUAACAAUGUGUUAACCGUUUCAUUCAGAAGUUGCUCUGGAGCAAGUCGCACCCCUGGCUACACCAUGAAAAUAAACUGUGAUUUAUAGUCCGAAAAAUACAGUAGUUUUACGUUACGUGAACCGAGCGUUUUUCGGGGUACGCGGACCUUCGGUGACGUUGGAAGUCUGUGUGAACACAAAACAAAAAUUUUUUGUCGAGCGGCAAAACCCGGCCGGUCCGAACGCAGCAUGAGAGCGCUAACGUUUCUUGGCCUGUUCAUCGCAAGCCGAGAGCGCCCUCUUGCGGCUGGUUGUAGUUGUAGUUUUACAUUUCAGAAGAUGUCAAAUACUAUAUAUUAACAUUAUAUAAGUCGCACGUGAGUAUGGAGUCCGACUGAUAGUUCGGAAAAUACGCUAUGUGUGUUAACUGUAAAUGUGGCAGAGGAAAGUCGUUCUCCUUUCAUGCGGUCCCUACUCUGGGGGACCAGGGCUAAGCCAUCAUUCCCUCCCGCUAUUCCAGCCCCAUUUUGCCAGCCGGGCAGAUGUCACUUAUAAUAGUGCAAACAUUAGGGCUUUGGCCUCCCAACUCAGGACGAUGUUGUGCGUUUUUUGUGUGAAAAGUGGGAUGUGUGCAAAUAAUUAGAUUGUAGAUAAACCCCCUUAAAACUGUAAGAUUUAGCCCAGGACGCAGGUUUCACCAUCAAAAAUGUCUUGUUAAAAUGAUCGGAAGCCUUUUUGUCAUUUAUGAUAACAUGAGGUGUGUGUAAAACAAACAAACAAACAAAAAAAGAGAGACACACACAAAAUAAAAAACAAGAUGCAGACAAUCGAGCCAUAAUAAUCACUUUGCAAAUAAGCAGUAGUCAUUCAGGAGGCUCUGAAAAUGUCCAGUUGUUGCAAAUGGAUACCCAAUGUUUUUUGUAGAACGGUGAAUUUGAUAGGUGUGAUGAAGAUGAGUAAACAAUACAUAGCACAGAAUUAAUUGCAGGCACUUUCACUACUGCAGAUAUUUUCUAUCAUGUAUCUGUAAUGUACAUGGAAAAAAAAGCUAUUAAUAAAACACCUUUAAAGUCA